AGAAGAAGAAGAAGAAAAAAGGGGGUUCGUUUUGUUUACGUUUGUAACGAAAUCUUCUGUUUUCGCAGGGACAAACCGUUGCCAAGCGGAUUUAGCGUACUGCAGGACAUUGUUAAAAGUGCGUUAAAACGUUUGAAAUUGUGCAUUCCGUGCGGCAAACACGCGCAGUGUGUGAAAAUUCGUUGUUUUGUAAAGUGUAGCGCGGCAGCCAAUUUAGCGUUUCACAUCCGCCCGAACAAGAAGCGAGCUGGAAUUGCAGAGGAGGAGGAGGAAGAAAAAGAAGCGAAGCGAACAAGAAGAUCGAUCGCGGAGGCUGCGCGCUGGCUUCAUAAUUGACAGCUUUCUACGAUCAGCGAGCAGCUCCACAGGAGGGAAAGGCAAAAAAAACCCAUCCGAUCGCGAGUGGUUGGGCAGUGGAAAACUUUCUAAGCCAAACGAGCCCUACAGUGGCAAAGUUGAUCCGCGGAUUUGGGGGGGAAAUCGGUGCAUCUCCGCUGCGAGCGUUCCCCGUACGCAGCAUCAUCGUCCGCGGCAAUGGAAUUUGCGCUCGGGUCACGACGCUGUUGUUCUCGGUUAAAUGGCAUCAUCGCCCAGUGGUGAAGGAAUGCGGACAGCAUUAAGCAAAUAAUACGAGCAAUAUCAAGAGCGCAAGAGAUGGUACCGUUCGCAGCAAGCAGGAAGUGUUGUGUACAAAUAGCGGAUUGGAAUGUGAGUGGCUGCUUUGCAUGUUGCAGCAGCAUCGAGGAAGAUUGAAUUCGGACAGUGAACGAUGCUACAGUAGUCCCGUACAAGAAUACAAGACACUUUUUGGACGCUUAAGAGAAGGUUGUGCAGAAGGAGUUUUAGCCCUAUCUAUCCAGCAUGCAUGCAGGAGGAGUGGGCGGUGGUGGUAGUGGUGGUGGAGGCGGUGGUGGCGGUGGCGGUGCAGCGCAUCGCCGACGCAAGAAACGAUCCAACUAUGGCAACCGUACGGUCGAAGUGAACCGUGGCUCGAAUGGGUUCGGGUUCACCAUAUCCGGCCAGCAGCCCUGCAUCCUGUCCUGCAUCGUGGCGGGAUCGCCGGCCGAUCUGGCCGGACUGCGCGCCGGCGACUUUCUCAUCUCGGUCAACGGGCUGAACGUGUCGAAGCUGCCGCACGAAUCGGUGGUGCAGCUGAUCGGUACCACGCACGGCACGAUACGCAUGGCCAUCGCGGAGAACUACUACUCGGACAGCUCGGACGAGGACAUCCUGUUUCACGGUGCGCAGCAGCAACGCACCCGCCCCAAGUACCCGCACAAGACCAAGUUCUCGCGCGCCAACACACAGGGCUGCAGCUCCGGCGGUGGUCCGCCGGACCGGAUGGUUGCAGCGGGCUCUAGCAGCCCGAUCAAACCGUUACUGUUGGGCGGACCGGAAAAUGGACCGGAAGAGUGCGUGGUAAACGAUACCACACCGCCGGGAGCAACCACCGCGUACAACGUGAUCCACAGCCCGAAUGCCAGCAAUAGCUGUGAUAUUUCCAACGUCAGUGCAAUGGUACGCUCGGUACAGCUGGGAGGGGCGGUCGGCGACGAAGCGGUGCUGGUGCGCCCGUCCGGCUCGGGCCAGGGCCCCGGGCAGGAGGGUUCGCUCGAGUACCAGGCGAUCGUGGGCUAUCUGGGCACUAUCGAGAUGCCGAAGCAGAUUGCCACCAGCUCGAAGCUGCAGACGGUGCGCAGCUGCAUCCGCAAGAUGCGGCAGGAGAAGCGCAACCCAACGACGGUGCUGAUGACGAUACUGCCCUCCUGCCUGAAUCUGACCAACACGAGCAACAAUCUGAUCGCGAAGUACGCCUCGGCCCGGCUCAGCUACGUUAGCAGCAGCAGCGAGAGCGACAACCGCUACUUUGGCCUGGUAACGUCGGCGAUCUACGCCGACGGGCUGAUGUGCGACAGUGCGGAUGUGCUGAGCCACCCGCGCAAGGACGUGGUCAUCUCGAACAGCUGCCACGUGUUUGUGAUCGAUGGGAAGCUGGUCGAGCACGAGGUGCACCUGGAGAAGGCGGCCCUGUUUCGCAUCGUCUGCACGAAGGAUCCGAUCACGAACCUGUGCCUCGAGUUUCCCUCCAACUCGGAGUACGUGGUCAACCUGAUACGCAGCAUGUACAGCUUAAAGUCGCCGCUCAAAGCGGACGGUGGGCCGGGCGGGUACGGCAAGCCGCCCGUCGCUAGGAGCUUGAAUCUGGACGCUGCCGGUGCCGCCCGUGGCUUCCCGCGCAAUCGAUCGGACCCGCGGCUUAACCCACGCGGGGCGGGGAUGGAUAUGGAUGCGCAUGACAUGCUGGCGGCGAACUCGCCGCAACCGAGCAACCACAGCGAAAUCACCACCACGUCGAGCAAUUCCGACUCGGGCAUUGGGUUUCACAACGAUUGCCGCAACAUCUCGGACCGCAUACUGCUGGUCGACUUUCCCGGUAUGCUCGGUCCGGCCCAGCAGCGACUGCUACAGCAGCAGCAGAUAGCGAACGUGCGAGCACACUGCCGGAAAUCGCAUCCCUUUUUGCGCCCGGUUGGUAUUAUUAACGAGAUUCCGCCGAAGAUGGAUCCGAUACGCAACAUCCGGAGUAUGGGUGGCGCGGGAUGCUCUGCGGACGGUGCGGGUCCUUCUGGGCGGAGUGGGCUGCAAAUUUCGCACGGCAAAUCGAAAUCGGCCGACUACAGCUUCCCAUCGACGUCGUCCGGAAUGUCACCGUUCGUGGAUCGGCUGACGGUGCGUGCCAGACCCGAUCCGAAACCGUUCUCCCCGGAUCGGUCACCUACGAAGGAGAAUGCUUUGAACUGUAUGCAAGACGCGGAGCCGUCCGAGCUGAUGGAGCAGGAGGAGGCGCAGGAUCGGUGGACGUGCGGCGGUCGCACGCUAGACGAGCAGGGCAAUGUGGUCGAAGAACGUGCCAUCGAUGUGCCGCCGAUGCAGGAGCUGUUUCUCGAUCUGGAACGGUACAACAAUGACAACGUGAAGAACAGCCUGCUGGCCGCCCGGUCCUGUGACGAUAUGAUCCUGUCGCUCGGGAAGAAACCGGCCGACGGUGACGAAGACAUCAACGAACGGAUGCUGCUCGAUGCGGAAGCGUACGAGCGGCUGAAGGUGAAACUCUCGAUCGACGAUUUGACGCUCAUCUCUUCCGGAUGCACGGGACCGGCGGGAACCGCUAGCGAUGAGGUCGGUCGGUCUGCCGGCAACAGCAACCACUCCAACCAGCACGUGUUCCUGCAGCCCCUGAAGCCGGUGAAACGGUCCAAGAAAGCGUGCACAACGCACACGGCGAAGGCGGGCAACGGGAAGCUGGCCGCCAUACACGGCAUGGCACCGACGGCCGACGAGAACGCAUCGGUACACGGUCGCCGCGGGGGCGAUAAGAUGACGGCGUACAAACUGAGCCCGAAAGUGUUUGGGCUGCCGCGUCCCAUAUCGGUAAGCUUCGAAAACAUUUCCACCCUUUCCUCCUCCGGGGUUGGUGGUGCUGAUGGUGGUGCACGCGAUAGUGGUGCAGGUGAUGGCGGCGGCGGCGAUAAGCGACUUAGUGUUGGCGUUGGUGAGAUGUAUUACGACGGCGAGGACAGUGUACGGCAUGGGGCGAACAAAAGCGUCCUCCAUGGCAGUGGGACGCCCGGUAGAAAAAGCCGGGCUACGAAACGGCUGAGCGGUGGGUUUUCCGCCAUCUGGGGCAGCCUGCAGGAGCUGCGAAGUGGAAGCUUCGGCGGAGCCAAGGGCGAGGAUCGAUCGAAGCCGGUCGAGCAUGGUAAAAGUGUGACGCCGGACGUGUGCUACGGCGAGGGCGAGCUGGUGGCGGUGGCGGCCAAAAAGAAGGAACGUGAACGGCGGCUUAGCGGUAUGAAGAUUCUGGAGGCAACGUACAGCGAGCCGGAUCUGCGGUAUGAUGAGGUGAGUGCUCCCAAUCUGCUUGAGGGUGUUGUUCACGAUGAGGACGACGUCACGGAAAGUAGUCUAGGUAAAACAAUUAAUCACAGCGCAUCGCCAUUCCGGCGCUGGGGCCAGUCGUCUUUGCGAUCCCGCUCGACCGAACACCGCACCCCGACGAAUGGAUCGGCCCGUCGACCGUCCUCGCUGGCCGCCUCCGAGAGCGACGUGUACACCAAGUCGAUCGACGACGACUACAGCUCGACCAAGAGCGGCUACAAUCCGUACACGGGCGGUGGCAGUGCGGGAGGCGGAGUGGAUACGCUUUCCACGGAAUCGGCAACGAUCGCAGCAGGCCCGAUGGGAACGGCUGGAACCGGUGGUAGCGGCGGCACGACAACCGGACCGACCGGUGUCGCAUCGUGGGGAACGUCCUUCGAAAAGCUGCUGGAAGAUGCGGCCGGAUUGCACACAUUCUCGGAGUUUCUCAAGAAGGAGUUCUCCGCCGAAAACAUCUACUUCUGGACGGCGUGCGAACGCUACCGGCAGCUGACGGAGCGGGAGGAGCGGGCGCGCGAAGCGCAGGCCAUCUUUGCCCGCCAUCUGGAGUCGGGCUGCAGCGAACCGGUCAACGUGGACUCGAUCGCGCGCAACAUUGCGCUGGAGAAUCUGCCCCAGGCCGAACCGACCCUGUUUGCGGCGGCCCAGAAGCAGAUCUUCAAUCUGAUGAAGUUUGACAGCUACCAGCGCUUCAUCAAGUCGGACCUGUACCGCGUGUGCCAGGAGGCGGAAGGGAAGGGCCAGGGGUUGCCGUAUCCGGGCGAACAGCUCGAUCCGAUGCUACGGACCAGCGCCACGAUGCUGACGGCGAGCGGUACCGGCACCGCGGCGAGCAUAACGAAGCUAAAGAAGUCGCUAAGCAAUGCGGAAGAUCGGCGACGCAAAUCGCUGCUGCCGUGGCAUCGCAAGACGCGCUGCAAAUCGAAGGACCGCGGGGACUCGGACACGUCCAAGAAGGAUAGCAAGGAAAAGGGUGGCGGUUCGGGGGGUGGUGGUGGUGGUGAGAAAGCUUCCGGCACGACCACAACCGGGGGCGGAAGUAGCAGCAACACGUUGAAGUUGCUUUCCACCAAUUCUACCAGCGACAUACACAGUUCUCGAAGUUCCUUAGCAAGUUUCGAUGCGGCGAUCGGUGGCAAAUCGUGCGAUCCGGACGACUCACGCAACACGCUCUGUCGGGUGAUCCUUUCGAACGGUGCGACCACCGUCGUGCAGACGCGAUCGAACGAAACGAUCAAGGAGCUGGUGGAGCGGCUGCUGGAAAAGCGCGGCAUCGUGUACAACGCGUACGAGGCGUUCCUGGCCGGCAGCACGAAACCGCUCGACCUGGACGGCCCGUCGGUGAGCUUGGCCGGCAAGGAGGUGAACAUCGAUCAGCGCGUCGUGUUCAAGCUGAACCUGCCGAACCGGAAGAUGAUAUCGGUCAAGAGCAAGGCGGCGAAGCCGCUCGCGGACGUGCUGCGGCCGAUCCUGCACAAGUACAACUACGAGCUGGACGAGAUGAAGGUGGUCGUGCACUCGACGGUCGACGUGUGUCUCGACAUGACGCAACCCGUGACCACGGUCGAUGGGUUGUGUCUGUACAUACGCAGCGCGAACGAAACGCCAAACGUGCAUCCUGAGCUGGGUCGUCCGCUGGCAGGGGCGCGACCAGUAAUCAACACCGCCACCCAUCAGCAGAUCGUGCAUCACUUCCAGCAGCAACAACAGCAGCAGCUGCUGCAGCUACAAAACGGUCCACAAGGGAGUGCUGCCGGUCAGCAGCAGCAGCAGCAUACGUUUGCCGUUCCGUCCGCUCUCCCUCCGUCGUACGCGGUGGCAACGAACAGCAAGAGUCAGCAAUUACUCGGAAACGGCACAGCUGCUUCCGCCACGUGCAAUAAUAACACUGUGAACCAAACACAAUCCCGUGCCAAGGAGCAGUCGGAGCAGCAGUCGAAGGACGAUCAGCAGCAGCAGCAGCAGGCAGGCGUCGGGGCCGGCACUCGGGGUCAGCAGGAGCUUAACUCACUGGACGAAAUAACGAACAAGGUGUUCGACGAGCUGAGGAAUGGCAAAACGGCAUUCGGUGGUGUUGUGACGGCAGUUGGAAAGGGGCCCGGCACCGUGGAUGUAGAUUGCGCGUCCGAUACUUCAUCGACGCGGCGCGAUCGAUUCCGCAGGCGCGGCUCCAACGCAGCACCGUCGGAGAGUGGGCGUGGGGCGAAAAGUAAAAAAUGCUCCACCGGCGGCUCGGAGGACGGUGGAGAGAGUGUGAACAAUCUCGGCAUCAAGAAGCCAAUCAUCGCGAAACUGAAGGCGGGUGUGAAGCUGCAGAUACCGACACGCUCCCAGAACGAUGAGCUGCUGGAGGGUCUGAAGCGAGCCCAACGGAGCCGGCUGGAAGAUCAGCGGGGCACGGAAAUCAAUUUCGAGCUGCCCGACUUUCUGAAGGACAAGGAAAACUUUUCCACUAGCUCCGCCGCGGUUAGUAGCAGUGCGGGAUCGAUUGGCGCCUCGGCAGCAGCAGCACCCUCGUCGGCGGCAGGCCCUUCUAAGCUGACGCGCAGUAAGCCGGCCCGCCGCUCGGAGGCUACCACCCCGACGGCGGAGUUUGUGGGCGGUUCGUUGCAGCAAAUCAACAAGCCCCAGCCAGCGCCGCGGUUAUCGAUCACCGGUCAGCAGGGUCGCCAGAACCUGUCCGGGCCGGGAUCGCCCGUCCAUGCGGCCGUCAGCGAUAGCCAUCUGAAUCUGUCCACCCAGUGCAAUGCUUCGCCCCUGCCGCAGGACGAUCCAUUCCACGUGCACGGGGGCGGCAGCGGCACUAAUGGCGGUUCGCAGUCCGAAACUAGCUAUGCCGGAAGCAUAACGAGCGUGGUUGAAGUUGCUCUUGGAUAAAGUUGGCCCAAACAAUGCUAACACCAAAAGAACUCCCAAACUGUGUACCCAUUACGUUCCAGCUGGCCCACCUUGGUUCUUUCCUAUGUAUAUGUGCGUAUGAUGGAGCCUUCAAUCUAUGUACUGUUUGUGCGUUUGUGUUUGUGCGUACCAUUAGCCAUUCCCAUUUGUUUUUAUCUUUGUUUUGUGUGCUGUUGUUUGUGGUUUCUUUUCCGUUACGUAUGGUCAGAGUGUUUUUUGUUUCUUCUUUAUUUUAUCGAUCAUUUUGUCACUACUUUUAUUUUAGAUGGAUUUAAACCUAUUUCAUGUGAUUUUUGUAUUUCAUGUAUUGUUAUAUUUUUGUUAAUUAUUUGGGUGUUAACAUUGUUUUUACAUGAUACAUGAUUUAAAAAAAAAACUAUCAAAUAUAAAUUGCAUGUUUCCUUAUUGUUGCCCGAGGUCGUAGUAAAAUGUUAUUGUUGUUAGUGGCGUUGAGUUUCAUCUUGAGUUAUACUAUUUCUUUUAAGUAUAUUACUUAUCAACUCUAGUACAUGUGUUUAAAACCAUCAUACUAUUACAACAUCGUCCCCGCAUCGAUCCCCCCCAGUGUACUAAUCGCACACACUCUGCCCAUCUCCUCAUUCCAGACACUACCCUAGUCUUCACCCAUGCCCGACCUUACAAUGGUCAAGCGCUGGUGACCGCCACACCCCGCACCAUCCCAUCUAGUUCCGCAUCGCAGCAUUAUUCCGGCGAUCAUUCCAGCGAUUCCAGCAGCACGGCCGACGGUCCCGACCUGCCCAACCUCGCGUGCUGCGAGCAUCAUCCGCACGAAAUGUCGCCCGACAGUUCCUCGCCACCGACACAUGCCAAUCAUUUGCAUCCACUGCACUACCACCCGGCCGGCGCUGGAGCGUCCGGUGCGAAUGGUGCGGCUGGCGCAACACCUAACGGCAACACGUCCGCCAACAAUCCUUACCCGCUAUCGGUACACUAUCCGUCCCAUCAUCAUCACCAUCCGCACCUGCAUCCGCAUCAUCAUCCCCAUGGGCAGCACUACCAUCAUCAUCAUCACCAUCAUACUCAUAAUGGCGGUGGGGGCUACCAGACGGCGACGUCGCAACCGGUAGCGAAUGGAAGUAACGCUACCGCCGCCCCAGGUCAGGACGGGCAGCCGAAUGCGAUCAGUGGUGGUGCGCCCGAUAGUCAGAAGGGACCACCGCCGUUACCACCGAAGCCGAAAAUUCUACCCAUUAAACCCUCCAACUGGGGCCACCCGGUGGCUGCCUCGUAUGCACCGGGACCGCCUGGCAGUGCUGGUGCGCCUGGUGGUGGUGCUAGUGAGCUGCUCGGUGGUCUCUCCACUACUACACUCAGCACCAAUGGGAGUAUGGGAGGUAGUGUUAAUGGCACGGGUGCAACCGUUGGCGGUCUUAGUCCCUCCAGCAGCACGGUUAGCAGCCAUCAUCCUAGUAGCAAUAGUAACGGUGUAGGUGUGGGAACUGUCGUGGGGAGUAAUGGUAUUGUAAGCUCAACCACGCACAAUGAUUUAUCGCGCGGAGGCCGCGAAGGGAAUCGACAGCAGCGCGCCAGCAGUGGCAACGAUGGUGGCAGCAGUAAUGGUAGCGCAUCGGCGAUCAGUGUUGCCGUUGCGCAAGCACGCAACGUAUAUUUCGAUCAAGGGAAUAGCAGCUUUGUGUAGCAGUAAUCGGUUAUAGUCAAAAUGCGGUUCCGACGAUUCGGACGUCCAGAAGCGGAGUAGGAUUCUUCAAAUUUGGCGCUUCGUAAAACAAACGUGUAAAAGAUCGGUUUUAAAUAGCUCGGGGGGAUAAAAUUUAAUUUAUUCCAAAUUUCAACAGGCUUAAACAUUGUUAGCACAAUUCAACGGGUCGAUUGGAUUGGGAAUCGGCGUGAUAAUACUAUGUGUGGUGUGUGAUGUUAAAAGUUUCGCCACGAAGAUAUUGAUUCCUUUGUAAAUAGUCAACACUGGACAUCGCCUAUCGGGCGGGAAGAUUAUAGCAUAGUGAGGAUAGUGUAAUGAAAUCUUUGAAUAAAUAUAAAUUAUUUAAUUUUCUA